GCGCCGCCGCGCUCUUGCUGCGCCCCGGAGCCGGAGAGCGGGACCGGGGACGCGGGGCCGGGGGCUGCUCUCGGGCUGAAGCGGCCGGUGGGCCCGCGGGAGCGAGCAGCCCUGAGAGGCGCCUGGGGCUGCUCAGCGCGGGGUCUUGAAAUGGAAUCAAAGAUCAAACAUACAGUUGUAUUUGCAAUGAAUUGACUUUACCACUCAUUUGUGUUGAAAUGGAGAGUAUUACACAGCUGUUUAGUGAUUUGUGUGAAGCACACAUGACAGGUUUGUCAUGGAAGGUCCAUCUGGGCAGACAGAAGAUCAGCAAGAAAAGGGCUAAGCAAAAUCUAAAAAGGGUUGCAUAUAAUGCCCUGUUCAUGAAUCUUUUUCAGGAGGAGGCACGUAAAGUGCCAUCAAACAUUUCCAGACUUCCAGUGAAAAACAAAAUUUUAAUGCUGUCUUUCAACUUGAGAGUUGGCGGAAUGGGCGCUCAAGCAGAUAGGCUGGAGAAACUCGUGGAGGAACUGGAAACAUCUGAUUGCUUACCAUUUACGGAAAUUAAUUCUAUUCUGGAUCUUCUAGUACAGCUUGUAGGAACUGGUCCCCCUCAGCUUCUACCACAAAAAAAGGAUUAUUUUCUGAACAACAAGUAUGUUGGGAGAAAUGUUAAAUAUCAGGGUUAUGAUUAUUAUGAUGUGAGUGUAUUUGAAGCUGAUAUACAGACUUUAAUUACAAAUGAAGAGUAUCAGUUUAAUGACACAAUUCAAAAGACAGUUCAGAUAAUGGAGGCUGCACCCGGCACUGGACUUCCUGCCAUCGGAUUAUUUUCACAGAACUACCCUAUUGGUGACAAGUUUGAGAAGGAAACACGUGUCUCACUCUUUGGUGCUCUUGUCCAUAGCCGUACGUAUGACAUGGACAUCAGGUUGGAUUUGCCACCAGUACCUGACAGUGCGGAUUUGUCUGGACUUGCGAUUAAAGUUCCUCAAAGUAUAGAUCAAUCAGAUGACGAGGGAUUCCAAUCAGCAUCCAAUCUGACUCCUGAUUCUCAAUCGGAACCCAGCAUGACUCCAGACAUAGACCUCUGGGAUGCCGUACUUACUUAUGGACCCAGCAAACGAAGAUGUUGGGAAAGAAUUGGAUGCCCACCUGGUAAAAAAGAGGAACCAUAUCUUACUGAAGCUGGACGAGAAGCUUUUGACAAAUUUUAUAGGCUUCGAGAAGGGGAAUUAGAACUAUUUAGUAAUACCAUUCUCCAGCUUCCACAGCUUGUGCUAAUGAAAGAAUUUGAACUGGUUAAAGAUGUUUUGAAUGUCCUUAUUGGUGUAGUAUCAGCUACAUUUUCACUUAAUCAGGCUGCUCAGACAUUUGUGAUAAAGCAGGGGAUAUAUGUAUCUGGAACAUCACCUGAGAGCAUGAACAAUCUCCUGUCAGAAGUUGCUGAAUAUGGAACAUAUUACACACGAUUGAGUCGCUUCUCUCUUCAGCCAGUCUUAGACUCCUUGUACAGCAAAGGGCUUGUAUUUCAGGCAUUCACAAGUGGAUUGAGGAAGUACCUUCAGUAUUAUCGAGCAUGUGUUUUGUCAACACCUCCCACUUUAAGCCUUCUAACAAUCAGUUUUCUCUUCAGAAAAUUAGGACGACAGUUAAGGUAUUUAGCUGAGCUCUGUGGCAUAGGAACAACUGUAUUGGGGAUCAGCAGAGGUGCUGGUGCUUCAUUUCCUACGGGAGUAAGAUUGCUUUCAUACCUGUACAAAGAGGCUCUCAAUAACUGUAGUAAUGAACAUUACCCAGUUCUUCUGUCAUUGUUAAAAACCAGCUGUGAACCAUAUACCAGGUUUAUCUAUGAUUGGGUGUACAGUGGUGUAUUCCGGGAUGUUUAUGGCGAAUUCAUGAUUCAAGUAAAUGAGGAUUAUCUUAGCUUCAGAGAUAAACAUUACUGGACCCAUGGAUAUAUUUUGAUUUCAAAAGAAGUAGAAGAUUGUGUCCCUGUGUUUCUGAAGCAUAUUGCCAAUGAUGUAUACAUUUGUGGGAAAACCAUAAACUUAUUGAAAUUGUGUUGUCCUAGGCAUUACAUAUGCUGGUCAGAUAUCCCUGUUCCUCGGAUUUCUGUUAUUUUUUCCCUUGAGGAGCUGAAAGAGAUUGAGAGAGACUGUGCAGUAUAUGUGGGUCGAAUGGAAAGAAUUGCCCGUUACAGUUCUAUUAGCAAGGAAGAAAAGGAUUUGCGCAUGGAGAUUGCGAAACAGGAGUUGAUUGUUCAUGCUCGAGAAACAGCAAGUAAAGUACUAAAAGCCAUUAAUGAUCAACAAAUAUCAGAAAGAAUGACUUUGGAUGCAAGGAAACGGGAACAGUUUCAGAAAUUAAAAGAACAGUUUGCAAAAGAUCAAGAGCGUCGACUUACAAUGAAACAGGAAGAGAUUGAUGAUGAUUUCAGCUAUGCCCGAGAGCUCAGGGAGAGAGAGAAAAGACUGAAAGCCUUAGAAGAGGAACUGGAAAAAAAGGCAAGGCAAGAAUUAAUUGACCAUUAUAGCAAACUUUCUGAUGAUGCAGCCCGUAGGGAGCAAAGAGCUUUAUGGAAAAUCCAGCGGCACAAACUGGAAACAGCCCGUCUCAACUUUCUAUUAGAAGAUCAAAAACACAUUGAGGAGAUGCUUGAAAAACUUCCUGAUGGGAAGUACAGGAGGAAAUUAGACAUUAUUCCGCAUAAGCAGUGCCAAACAGUCUCAAUUAUGGAUGCUGUUGUAGAAGAACCGAGCUCUCAGGUAUCUACUGUGGAACCUGUGCAUUCUGACAGUAAUGUUGUCAGAGGUGAUUCUGAAUCUGGACUGAAGAGUAUUACUUCUGCUGAUAAACCAUUGGCUUUGCCCCAGUUAGUAAAUACUCACGUUAAUCAACAUUCUGAGCCAGCUGCAGCAGGAACUGAAUCCCAGCUACUAAGUACAGAACAAACAUGGGAUCCAUCACAGAGUGCUAAUGCUCUUCCUGAAUCCAGUCUAAAUAUUGAGGAUUUCCUACCAGAAUCACAGGAAGAACAACCUGCUGUGGUUGGCUCUUUACUAGAUGAAGGAUCUUUACUAGAUGAAGCAUUUCAAAAUAUUAGCUCAGAACUUCCUGAAACUACUCAAAUAAGUGAAAGUCAGCCUCUUUUGAUAGGAGCACUGCAAGGAGAAGACAAUACACAGUUACAUCAGCAAAGUGAAUAUGAUUUUAAUACAAUUCUCAGGCCAGCUGCUGUUUCACAAGGACAUGGCAGAGUUGGAGAAAAUGUGUUUGUGGAGAGUAGGAGACUUCAGUGGAAUAUUCAUGGACAUGUAUCCAAUGCCAGCAUUAAUGUAGGGGAAUAUGUGCCUCAUGCAGAGACUUCCCAGUCACAUUCAAAUCCAUAUGGACAUUCUUCAGAUUCGCACAUAAAGAUUGGGGAAUAUACCUCUGAAGUUGAAUCUAGUCGGCCUCGCUGGAAUAUUCAUGGGCAUGUUUCUACAGCUCAUAUUAAAAUUGGGGAAUAUACGUCAGAGGUAGAGCCCUCUAGGCCUAGAUGGAAUGUUCAUGGACAUGCCUCGGAAGCUAAUAUUAAGAUUGGCGAGUACGUGUCAAACAUAGAGCCUACAAGGCCUCGGUGGAACAUCCAUGGUCAUGCAUCUGAUGCCAAUAUGAAGAUUGGGGAAAAUGUGUCGGAGCCUGUACCGUCUAGACCUCGGUGGAGCAUCCAUGGCCAUGCAUCUGAUGCCAAUAUCAAGAUUGGGGAAAAUGUGUCUGAGGCUGUACUAUCUAGACCUCGGUGGAAUAUCCAUGGACAUGUUUCACAAUCACACAUUAAAAUGGGAGAGCUAGUUUCAGAUACUGAGCUUUCAAAACCUCGUUGGAGCCCUUUUGGCCAUGCAUCUCAGUCAAACAUUAAAAUAGGGGAGUGGUCUCCAUCCACAGAAAGUGAUCCGAUACCUCAUAAUAAAACUAUCUCUGGUCACUCAUCAGACUCUACAGUUCAGACAUUUCUGUACAAUGGAGAAUUUUCUCCCACUGAUGAAAGUAAAAGAGACGAUAAAUCAUCAGAAGGCAAGGAAGAGGUCUUACCCCAAUCACAGUCCUCAGACAGUGUUCCAGUCCUUUCAAAUUCUAAUAUUGAAGGUGAAAAGCAAGAAAACAUCACAGAAGAGAGAGAGAAACAAGAAGUAAUUGCAAAAGAUGUCUGCAAAGAUCUCCCUCUAGAGCUUCCUCAGGGUUCACAGACAGAGGAACCUGAAAAAUCGAUUGCACUGACUGUUACACCUCAAGAAACUUUACUUUCUGAGGCUUGUGCUUCUGAGACUAAAGAGAAGGAAGAUGAUGAUGAUACGUGGAAGAAAGAACAAGCUUAUCUGAAAGCCUUAUCAGACCAGUAUUGCCUUGAAAAAUACCAAGACAGCUAUGAUUUAAUGUCAGAGUUGCCAGUUUCCCAUCUCUUGCAUCAUGUGAUACCCAGGUCAUACACUUUCCCAGUGGAUCCUUUGGUACAGUCAGCAACAGAUGAAACAGCAGUACAACUUAGUGAGCUUUUAUCUCUACCAGUGCUGAUGAAACACUCUAUUACUGCUCCACUAGUGUCUCAUGUUUCCCUUGUGAACAAAGCAAUAGUCGAUUACUACUUUGUGGAACUGAACAUAGAGAAGAAUUUUGAAGCACUACGGCAUUUUUUGUUAAUGGAAGAUGGAGAGUUUGCUCAGUCGCUUAGUGACCUACUAUUUGAGAAGCUUGGUUCAGGGCAAACUCCUGGUGAACUUCUGAAUCCACUGGUUCUCAAUUCUAUCUUAAAUAAAGCAUUACAGUAUAGCCUUCACGGAGACACCCAGCUUGCUUCCAAUCUUUCUUUUGCACUCAAGUACCUUCCAGAAAUGUUCAAACCCAAUGCUCCUGAUGCUCUGAACUGCUUGGAGCUACGGUACAAGGUUGAUUGGCCUCUGAACAUUGUCAUUACUGAGAGCUGCAUGAAUAAAUACAACAAGAUCUUCUCCUUUUUGCUGCAGUUGAAGCACAUGGUGUGGACUCUCAAGGAUAUUUGGUUCCACUUAAAACGUACUGCAUUAGUGAGUCGUGCAUCAAAUUCUGUUCAAUUUCGACAGCUCCAGCUGUAUAAACAUGAAAUGCAGCACUUUGUUAAAGUUAUUCAAGGUUACAUUGCUAACCAAAUAUUGCAUGUAACAUGGUGUGAAUUUGGCAACAAACUGUCUUCUGUAGGAAACCUGGAAGAAAUUCACAGAACACAUGCAGAAUACCUCAACAAAGCUAUUUUCAGAGGACUAUUGACUGAGAAGGCCACUCCUGUGAUGAACAUUAUUCACAGCAUCUUCAGUCUCAUUUUGAAGUUCCGCAGCCAGUUAAUCUCUCAGUCAUGGAACAUUGAUGCUGGCAAGCAAAUGGCUGUUCAUCCCAACUUUGGUUUGAUGCAACAAUCUUACAAUACUUUCAAAUAUUACUCUCACUUCUUAUUCAAAGUGGUAACCAAACUUGUAAAUAGGGGAUACCAACCUCACCUGGAGGACUUCCUGCUGCGAAUCAACUUUAAUAACUACUACAAAGAUAACUGAGCUCUAGUAUACUGUAAGGAAUACUGGUAGCAUGGUAAAGAAAAUACAGCUACAGCUUUAUGCUUAUUAUUUAUGGAAAUUGAUGCUAGUAACAGAGGCUUAUCUUAAGAAGUAAUCCAUUGUUCAAAACAACUUUGAAGAGUGAAACCAUAGCACUUAGAAAAUCAUGCCAUUUAGAAUCUGUACAAAUCACCACUUCAUCAGCACAUUGAGACUUGAUCCCGUCAUUACAGAUACAGGGAAGAAUGGGGCCUAGUGUUAACAUGGGAAAGGGUAUACAUGUAAAUCGGUUAAUAUAUAGUAUACAUGUUUCCUUUCAGUGUUGUGAAUUCAUGUUCAAUGUAAAUACAUGUUUGUGAAACAAAUAA